AUGAAGAAGAAUGCAAGUCAAGCAGAUUCGCCUCUGGUGAAUUUUAAAGGACAUGAAAGAAUUUCCUAUUAUGAACUUGAACAAGCAACCGAAGGAUUCAACGAAAGCAACUUGCUUGGUAACGGGAGUUUCAGCAUGGUCUACAAAGGGACACUAAAGGAUGGUACUAUUUUGGCAGCAAAGGUAUUCAAAGUGCAAUUGGAGGGUGCAUUCAAAAGUUUUGACACAGAAUGUGAGAUGCUUCGGAACCUUCGCCACAUAAAUCUGGCCAAAGUCAUCACCAGCUGCUUCAACCUUGAUUUCAAAGCCCUAAUUUUGGAAUACAUGCCCAAUGGGACACUUGAUAAAUGGUUAUACUCUCACAACUUAUUCUUGGACUUAUUACAGAGAUUGAAUAUAAUGAUAGAUGUGGCUGCAGCAUUAGACUAUCUCCACAAUGGCUAUUCAACACCUGUGGUGCAUUGUGACUUGAAGCCAAGCUCCGGGAAGAUUUUCUUAUCAUUUUCGACCAUGAUUGCAGAGUAUGGACAAGAUGGAAUAGUAUCCACGAGCUGCGAUGUUUAUAGUUUUGGCAUUAUGAUGAUGGAGACGCUUACAAGAAUGAGACCAAGUGAUGAAGAAUUUACCGGAGACUUGAGCAUACGACGUUGGGUUAGUGAUUCUUUUCCAAGUGAAAUUCAUAAGGUGGUAGAUGCUAAUUUGGUACAGGCAGGGAAUGAAAAAACCGACACAAAGAUGCAGUGUAUGGUAUCUAUCAUGGAAUUAGCCUUGAGUUGCACCUUAGUGAAACCUGAUGCAAGAAUUAGCAUGGAAGAUGCUCUUUCAACACUUAGAGAAAUAAGGCUUCAAUUUGUCAGUAAUCGUCACUAG